AUAAUUACGCAGGCGAGUACAGAUCAUUGUGGGAGCUUACCAGCCAGAACCCUAGAAUUCGACCCCCGCAACAUGUUCCUUGGCCCUUUUGAUCGCCGCAAGCGCCGACAUAGAUGCGUCGCGUGUACAAAGAGCCACUUGAAGUGCUCGGGUAAUUUUCCUUGUACUGCCUGCGUCAAGCGUGGUUAUCCUUGCCAGUAUGGUGUCGUGGUACAAGAGAGGGCCAUCUUGGUCGACCGAGGGAAGCAUUCAACGAUAGGCACGUACAGGGGGGUUGGGCAAUCACUUGUUCCGGACACUCUCGUCGCCAAACCCCUGGGUGCCGACCAAACAACGUUCUAUCUCUCCUGCUUCGACGCCUUCCUCCAGAAAAACAAGUUUACUGGUCUGGUAUCACCUCGGGAAGAUAUUGCCGAGCUGGUGAAACGCGGCGACCCUGAAAGUCACCUUCGGGAUGCAGUGCUGUGUCUGGGUGCAAUGCAAGCCUUGACGCUGCCUGCGGCGUCGAGAUCGAAAGAGAUCCGUCAAUUUGCGCUGCAAUCUUACGCCAAGUCUAUUUCCAGACUUCGAGAUGCGCUUGCCAACACGGUCGACGACGCGGAGUCGAGAGUAGGAAUCCUCUGGUCUACUCUGCUGCUUGGUCUGUUUGAACUUAUGAAUGAUUCAACUGGCAACGGGUGGCUGCAACACCUUAUCCACGGCACAUCGAAGGCUCUGAGAGCUAGCGGCCCCUCGGCGUGCAUCUCUGGCCCCUGCAUGCGAUUUUUUACGGAAUCCAAGAUAUUCGAGGUUUGCAGGGCAGUCGUCUUCAAUCAGCCAACUUUUCUUGCCGACGAGAAAUGGAUGGCUCUGUCCGCAUCUCUCCGAGCGUACUCGCUGUGCAGUUCACAGAAAGUGCUGGAUGCUCUGCUCGACAUUGUGGUCAUGUGCGCUUCAUUGCGUGUCAAGGCGGCGAACUUGAUCGAAUUCUUUCAGCGCUCGGGUCCGGUUGACAUUAUUAUUGAACAAGCCCAAGCCAUUUCUCAACGCGGCUACGAGCUCCGAGGUCAACUUCACGCCUGGGCAUCGAGCCAUCACACCUCAAACGUCUUCAGAUGUCCGGCAACCUCGCAAGUCUCAUCAGCCACUUGGAAUACGGAGCAUAAGCAUGAGACUCAGCUCCUGGCAGAGACGUGCUUCUCUGCCACCAGCAUCUACCUCUCAGGGGUGUUUGACUACGAGAUAUACUACUGGCAGAGCUUGCAGUUACCUGUUGCUACGCUGAGCGAAGACCAGAUUCAACAACACGUCGCCUUCAUUCUCGAUUCGAGCCAACGACUCGCCGGCACGAGUAUCUCUUCGCUGCUGCUCUUGUUUCCACUUCGGGUUGCUAGCGCAAGGGCCCGGAAGACAUCGCAAAAAAAGCAAAUUAUGGAGCUUUUGGGAAUAGUGGGUUCAACUUUUCCAGUCGCUCUCGCGUUCAUAGCUGAGAUCGAAAACUUGUGGCGCUACAAUAGUGCUAGGGAAUUGGGAUCAACGACAGGAAGUAGUGAGUCGGUAGGAAUAAAAAAGUGAAGCCUUUUUUUUGUCUUUUUUUUUUUUUGAUCCCU